AUGGCCGAAUCCACGUCUCUCGCAUCAUGGAAACUCCACAACAGGUUCGUCGACAUCGUCCGCAGCGACGCCAGUCCAAUCUUGGACCUCAUCCCCUCAUACAAUACCCUCGAGUUUGACUACAACGAGACCGAAAACACCGUGGCACUGCGCAUGGGCGAAUAUGGCGACAGCGAAAUUCUAGCACAUCCCAACGGCUCCGUAUCCAAGCGCGUAGUCCGCGACUCUAAGAUCCGCAAAGCAGGUACCGUCUUGGAAAUCAACAGGCCAAUGAGCGGUCAAUUCAAAGCCGUCGCGCCGUUUGGCUGGAGCGAGACUGUACAGCAAGGUAUUACCACGCCGAUGAGCGCGCCAGCACAUGCGCUUGUGCUGAUGUACAUGCACAUCUGGGUUCUUAAGGCAAACAAGGAAGAUGUUGAGUUGCUUAUACCGAGGUAUCAAAGUUUGUACGACGCGCUAGUUUUGAUUCGAAACGCGCUGGAUACGGAGUUAGUGUUGCCGGUUGGGCAGCGCAAGGUGCCCGUGGAGGUGUUGGCCGCCUAUCAGAAUGGUGCUGUCGAUGAUCAGCCAGUCGGGAAGGAAGAGCUUCAGGAAGAAUAA